UUUCUCCCAUUCUCUCUUUCUCUAGUAGCUUUGGCCACCAAAAGAGCCCCUCUUUUUUUGCAUGCCUUGUUGGAUUCUCCCGUGAGCCAAACAAAGAAGAAGGAUCGCCCGAUCGACGAAGUCGCCGGAGAUCAUGUCUCGCACGUGCUCGCAGUGCGGGAAUAACGGCCACAACUCCCGCACGUGCACGGAGGCUUGCGGAGACGGAAAUGGCGCCGCCGCCGCCGGAGGAGGAGGAGGAGGAGAGAACGCGAUUAUGCUCUUCGGCGUGCGAGUCACGGAGGGAAGCUCCUUCAGGAAGAGCGCCAGUAUGAUCAAUCUAUCGCAGUACGACCGGGCUCAGGACUCCAACGCCGACACCGGCUACGCUUCCGACGACGUCGUUCACGCCUCCGGCCGUAGUCGCGAGCGCAAGAGAGGUGUUCCAUGGACGGAGGAAGAGCACAGGCUUUUCUUGUUGGGAUUGCAGAAGGUAGGGAAGGGAGAUUGGAGAGGAAUUUCUAGAAACUUUGUGAAGACUCGCACGCCGACUCAGGUGGCUAGCCACGCUCAGAAAUACUUUCUCCGUCGCAACAACCACAAUCGCAGACGCCGCAGAUCCAGUCUCUUUGACAUCACCACCGAUACCUUCAUGACUUCAUCAUCCAUGGAUGAAGAUCUCCAAGUCCACACAGAGGCAGCUCCAUCAGUACCAAUACUUCCACAUCCACCGCAGCCACAGCCUCAGCCUCAUUUAACUUGCAAUCUCGGGAUGUUUCCGGUCUCAACUUUUCCGAUGACACUCGCUCCGGUUGUCCUACCAAUCGCUACCACGGCCGAGAACUCGUCAGAGAGUCCGGCAUUAGAUUCCUGCGUCCAAUUAGCAGCUAAGCCUCCGCCGCCGACCAAGCUCAUCCGUCCGAUCCCGCUUCAUCCGAUCCCUCCGUCGUCCAAAAUGGCUAAUCUUAAUCUGAACAGCAAGUCACCGACCGUGGCGGACCCAUUGCCUCUAUCGCUGAAGCUCUCUACUCCGUCGGACGAGAAGUCAUCGCCGCCGCCGCCGCCGCCGCAUCAGUCUACUUUUCAGGCCAUGUCCAAUGGUGAUAGCAUCAUUAGCGUUGCUUGAAAGGAAUAAUAUUAUAUAUUAAUACACCUUGCUAUAUAUCAGAAGGAAAUCGUAUUAGAGACAAGAUUAAGGAAAAAAACUGGAUUUGAUUAGACAGAAUGAUUAGAUUGUUAAUUAGGUAGGUUAUUCGUUUUUUUUUUUUUUUUUCUUUUUUUUCCCCUUUGUAUUGUAUGUAUAGAAAAAGAUUUAGAAAAAAGAUUUGAUGUCGUUUUCUGUGUGGGGAUUCUUGUUUAAUUUGUCUGGUUCCUUCUCGUGGGGUGGAAUUAUAAACGCACUCGGUGCGUUCUAUGUUAUUUGGUCUGUGGGAUUCAAUAAGGGACUUCAACUAGGAAAUAUAUGUGUUAGACAGAUGAAUAUAAUAUGUCAUUGUAAAUUAGUUAAA